AUGGGGAUGAAAUGGACUGGGCUCACUUUCGAGAUUGCCGCUGAAGAGAUGCGUCGUCUCAAAUCAACGCCAUCUGAAAGAGAGCAAAUGAAAUUAUACGGGCUGUACAAACAAGCUCUUCAUGGUGAUAUUCCGAAUGAAGAUGUAUAUCCUGUUUCCCAAAAGGAGAAACAGAGCCUGGAGCCAGAGAAGUCAUCUGCUCUCGCUGAACGCGUAUAUCUCACAAACUAA